UUUUAUGAACAUAUGAAGAAGAAUUUCAUUUACCUUGGCUUGAUUGGAUCUGCCGGUUGUUUGUUGUUGCGCGUAGGUGCAUUUUCUAAUGGCAUAGUGAUAUUUGCCUUUUAUAACUGAUCAAGUUUGUUUUGUAACCUUAUAUGCAACAACAAGGUUAAGUGGUACAGCAAUGGCGAUUGAAAUUGAGUCUGCUGACGUGGUCCGGUUGAUUCAGCAAUACCUGAAGGAGAACAAUCUUAUGAGAACAUUGCAAACUCUACAGGAAGAGACCACUACCUCGCUCAACACCGUCGACUCGGUGGACAGUUUUGUCGCCGACAUCAACAAUGGCCACUGGGACACUGUGCUCAAAGCGAUUCAGUCGCUCAAACUGCCAGACAAGAAACUCAUCGAUCUAUACGAACAGGUAGUGUUGGAGCUGAUUGAGCUGCGCGAGCUGGGCGCCGCCCGCUCCCUGCUGCGGAACACCGACCCCAUGAUCAUGCUGAAGCAGCAGGAGGCUGACCGAUACGUCCACCUCGAGAACCUGCUGGCUCGGUCCUACUUCGACCCGCGCGAGGCGUACCCGGACGGCUCGAGCAAGGAGCGCCGGCGGGCGGCGAUUGCGCAGGCGCUGGCCGGCGAGGUGUCGGUGGUACCGCCCAGUCGUCUACUGGCGCUGCUCGGACAGGCGCUCAAGUGGCAGCAGCAUCAGGGUCUCCUGCCUCCAGGUACCCAGAUCGAUUUGUUCCGUGGUAAGGCAGCCAUCAGGGAACAGGAAGACGAAACCUACCCCACACAGCUCUCCAAACAGAUCAAGUUCCGAAAGAACCACCCAGAAUGUGCUGCGUUUUCGCCGGACGGCCAGUACCUGGUGACCGGCACAGUAGACGGCUUCAUCGAGGUCUGGAACUUCACCACGGGAAAGAUCAGGAAGGAUCUCAAGUACCAGGCCCAGGACAACUUUAUGCUGAUGGAGGAGGCGUGUCUGUCGCUGGCGUUCAGCCGCGACUCGGAGAUGCUCGCCUCGGGCAGCCAGGAGGGACGCAUCAAGGUGUGGAAGGUGACCACCGGCCAGUGUCUGCGCAAGUUCGAGCGCGCCCACACCAAGGGCGUGACCAGCAUGCAGUUCUCGCGGGACAACAGUCAGCUGCUGAGCACGUCCUUCGAUAACACCAUUCGUAUUCACGGUCUGAAGUCUGGUAAGACGCUGAAGGAGUUCCGGGGACACACCUCGUUCGUCAACAGCGCCACCUUCAGCGUCGACGGCCACAGCAUCAUCAGUGCCUCUUCGGACGGCACGGUGAAAAUCUGGAACGUAAAGACCACCGAGUGCAUCAACACGCUGAAGCCCUUGGGUGGCGUCAGUGGCGAGGAGUGCCACGUCAACAAUGUCUCACUCCUGCCCAAGAACCCGGAGCACUUUGUCGUCUGCAACCGCUCCAGCACCAUCGUUAUCAUGAACAUGACUGGACAGACGGUGCGCUCAUUCAGUACCGGUAAGCGGGAGGGCGGCGACCUGGUGUGUUCGGUGGUAUCCCCGCGCGGCGACUGGAUCUACGCAGUCGGAGAGGAUCUCGUGCUCUAUUGUCUGUCCACUACCUCCGGCAAGCUGGAGCGAACAUUGAACGUUCAUGAGAAGGACGUCAUCAACGUGACACACCACCCGCACCAGAACCUGAUCUGCACGUUCAGCGAGGACGGCCUGCUGCGGCUCUGGAAGCCGUGAGACCGUCGGUCUCGACCUUUUCGCCGUUCCGUGCUUCAUCAUUUUCAUGUAUCCGGCGGCGCAGUCUGGCCGCUCGUGUGUGUCUGCUGGGUGGCCGCGUCCACUGCCGUCGCAGUGAAUGGAUGGUGGUCAAUACAUCGUCGCUUCAUUGUA